GCUUUGCCAGUUUGCUUCAAGGCGACACGAUCUAAACAUUCUGUCGUCGAUCGUUCUGUGCUGGGGUAGAAACCAUUAUCGAAGUGUUUCGACAAAGCAUUUAUCCAUGAUCAGAGGUAAUCUGACUAGGAUAUUUCGAGCCACUGUACACCCAAGAAAUAAAAAUCUGUUAUCAACUGCAUCUCAGGCCAUGAUGUCAGUCCAGCAAUCAAUUACUGAAAAACUAACAAAGGAAUUCAAGCCUGUCUAUUUAGAUGUAAUGAAUGAAAGUUACAUGCAUAAUGUUCCAAAAGGUUCAGAAACCCAUUUUAAGGUUGUGGUGGUAUCUUCAAAUUUUAAUGACAAACCGUUAAUUCAGAGACACAGAUUGGUCAAUGAAGUCCUAAAGGAAGAGUUGGCCACUGGGGUCCAUGCUCUAUCUAUACAGGCCAAAACUCCAGAACAGUGGGAAAGUAGCACAAAGACAGUACCCAAGUCACCCCCUUGUAUGGGGGGCAGCAAAAGAUGAAAAGAACACUCUAUUGAUGGAAGUUUUAGCCAUUUAGUUUGAGUCUGUAAAUAAAAAAUAAAUGGAAUUUUUAUAUUGUGUUGUUAAGUCAAGAAUUAAUUUUCUAUGAAUUUA